GAUAAAAGAAAAAAACGACAUUUUAACACACACUCUAUUAUUAAGCGGCGUUAUUUUUUUGUGCAGUUCCCGGAAAAAACGCAAAUUCCCAAUAAGGAUUUUUGCUGAAAUAUAAUUGAAAAAUAAAGCAAUUUCCCCAGGAGUGAAAAUAAAGAAUAUUUUUUUUUACGCUCACCAUAUUUUAUUACAUUUUGUUUAUAUAAUUUAUAAUAAAUAAUAAAAAUAAAAGAUGGCCCAACAAGAACAAGAUAUUCCAACAUUCAAAUGCGUUUUGGUUGGUGAUGGUGGUACCGGCAAGACUACAUUCGUCAAACGUCACAUGACCGGUGAAUUUGAAAAGAAAUACGUUGCAACAUUGGGUGUCGAAGUACAUCCAUUGAUUUUCCACACUAAUCGUGGUGCCAUCCGUUUCAAUGUCUGGGAUACAGCUGGUCAGGAGAAAUUUGGCGGUUUGCGCGAUGGUUACUACAUUCAGGGACAGUGUGCUGUUAUUAUGUUCGAUGUAACAUCACGUGUUACAUACAAGAACGUACCAAAUUGGCACAGAGAUUUGGUGCGUGUUUGCGAGAACAUACCAAUUGUAUUGUGUGGCAACAAAGUCGAUAUUAAGGAUCGUAAAGUUAAGGCCAAGAGUAUUGUAUUCCACAGAAAGAAGAAUUUGCAAUACUACGACAUCUCUGCCAAAUCAAAUUACAACUUUGAAAAGCCCUUCCUCUGGUUGGCCCGUAAAUUGGUAGGUGAUCCCAAUUUGGAAUUUGUGGCUAUGCCCGCUUUACUGCCCCCAGAAGUCAAAAUGGACAAGGAUUGGCAAUUACAAAUCGAAAGAGAUUUACAAGAAGCUCAAGAAACCGCCUUACCCGACGAGGAUGAGGAUUUGUAAAUUUCCUUUUAAAAACAACAACAACAACACAACCCCUUACAACAACCACACUUUACAUAUUAUUAUUUGUUGAAAGAAAGUUGUAAAUUCCUUUAAUAUCUCCAGGGAAUUAUAGAUUUCUUUGUUCCAUAUUAAGCAACUUUAAAACCUUUAUAAGAUUUUAUUACAAAACAAAACCUGCUAAAAACUACAACAAAAGCUUAAUUAUUAUAAAUUUCAAUUAAAAAAAAAGAAAUAAUUAAAAGAAGAAAACACAAAAUCUAAUUUUAAAAAAUUCAAUAAAAUUACAAAAGAAAACC